UGGACGUCCGAGCGAUGGCCAGCGCAUGCAUUGGCGAGAAGUUGUGCCAGUGUCGGUGGCCCCCCUGGCCACCAGGGUGGCCAGCCGACCACGGCCCCAGCUGGUGAUGGAGCUCCCGUUCACCGUGGCGCGCCACGCCUCGGUGCCGGCCGCGACGUGGGGCCGCAAGCGCCGCGCGCUCGCGGCGAUCUCCCCCGUCUUCAGCGUGCUCCUGCUCCGCCUGUCCUUCCAGGGCUGGGGCACCUUCAGCGCCUCCUGGUGCGGCGUGCCGGCCUGGCUGUGCUGCGUGUCGCUGGGGCUCGUGGCGAGCGCGGGGGUGCUGCUGGGCUCCUCAGAGGCCCGGCAGCCACCGUGGCACUCGCUGCUGCUGCUGCAGGCGUUCGUCUGCGCCAUCUGGAAGAGGAAAAAUCACAUAAAAUGAGGUUCGAGGUUCGAGGUGUUCGGGCGUGUUCCCUGGGAUCUCGGCGGCUUUCCAGCCUCGGGAUGCUCUCCAGCGGCUGCGCCUCGCCGAGAGCGUUCUGGGACUUCCAGGGCUGCCCCAGACGGCCGCCGGAGAGCCGAGGUGUGUCCCGAAGACUUCCCCUCGAAACAGCAAUUUUCGGAGGUCCUCGCGGAUCGGCGCUGGGCCCCCUGGUCGGCGCCUUUGGGGCCUCCCUUGGCGCGCUCCGCCCAGGGAGGGGGUUCAGCAUCGAUACGAGAAAUCCCCCCGGAGCUCCGAAAGUGUAGGUUUAUGUUGUUUUUGUUUCUUCUGCCAUCGCGUGGUUCAACCUCCUGGCGAAUGAGUGCGUCGCUGUGCUGCUCACUUUCGGGGUCAAUUUCGGCGUCUCCUCUUCCGUUCUGGGCAUCACCGUCCUCGCGUGGGGGAACUCCGUGGGCGAUCUUGUUGCGGACACCGCCUUGGUGAAGAAGGGCAAGGCGAGGAUGGCAGUCGCAGGUUGUUUCGGCUCCCCCCUAUUGUCCGAGCUGCUUGGUCUGGGUGUCGCUCUUAUCUCGGGCCUGGGAGUCUAUCCAUGGUACUGUUUCUCCCUUCUCCGUCUUACCUUCCCUCUUUCUCCGGAACUGCCAGGGAAGGUGAGGGAGGGGGGAAGUGAGGAUUAGCACAAUGGAAAUAUUCCUUGGCCCUACAUCACUUACACGGUGUCGGUUGGGGAGUUGUCGUCAGCACUCAGCUUACAGAACAAGGUUGCAGCGGGAUUUGUUUUGGCGUCUGUAUUGUCAACGGGGUUUGCGUUCGGAUGCUGUCGAUUUACAUGUCCUCGUUGGUUUGGCGCUGUCCUGUUGAUGCAGUAUGCCGCGUUUAUGAUCACGUCUGUAAUCCUCGAGUUGGCGCUGCACCAUCAGCACCACCAGGAGCUGAAUGUCGCAGAAGAUGAUUCACUGCUCAGCUUCUGACGGUCAUCAAGUUGUUUUGCGUGGAUCCAGGCUUCGACGCUGCAUGACGGCCGCAGCUGGUCCAUGGACGCCAGUAGUCUUAUACUUGUCUUAGUCGCUCAGUUUCACGGCGGUGCUUUUAUGUACACGUGUGCAGCCCCUUGCGGGCUGGCCAUACUAGGUGCUGCGCCCUUGCCUGUAACGCUAACAUGACAGAUGAAGGGCUUUGACUCCAGCCGCCGAAAUCCUCCUCUAAUCUUGGUAUCGCUCGGACGUGCGCACUUUCUCUCGGCGGGG